GUGUCCCCUCUCCGGUGAUCAAUGGGUGCAACGAGAGCUUCCGCCGCCGCCGCCGCCGCCGCCACUGCACAUGGAAGACGACAGCCCAAAACUUCAUUUUAUUCAUCUUCCAUCUUAACAACAAGAUAAACCUCAAGACCUCUUGUGUCUUUUUGCUCCACACAAGGCUCAUGUAUAAGGCGCCUUUACUACGGCCGUUGUCUUUGCUACGGGCGGCGGAGCGGAAGCUCUUCCCAAAUCCUCUCAUCUUCCUCUACCCCUCUCGUUGUCCGUCUCCAUGUGAGACUCCCACCUCGCCUUUUCCCCACUCUAUUUACCUCGUCAGAAGCUUCUCGUCAUUCACUGCGAAGGAGCGCGUUCCCCUCCCUCCGUAUGGUCUUCCCUUUCCUCUGCACUCCGUUCUCUUCUCCUCUACUCCUCAAACUCCUCGUGAACAAGAUGUAGAGCGACCAGAUGAAUCUGAGGAUGAAGAAUGGGUGAUUGAGUGGGAAGAAGAGGACAGCGCAGACCCUCAGAUUGGUGAUGGAGGGGAUGGUGGUGGAAUUGUGUUGGGAGAUGCCAAGUGGGGUGAACGAGCUCUCUCCGUAGCUCGUGAGGUGCUCAAUCUCCACUUCAGCGAGGACUUGGUGCUGUUCGCUUUCAAGGUGUCUCCAAGAGGAUAUGUUUACGUGCGGCUUGAUAAGCUUACCAACAAAUACGGGUGCCCUAACAUAGAGGAAAUUAAGAAGUUCAACAGUCUUUAUAAGACACGAUUGGACGAGAUUAUAGAGUCAGGAGAAAUUCCUCUAGAUUUAGCCAUAGAGGUAUCGUCGCCGGGAGCUGAACGGUUAUUGAAGGUUCCUGAGGAUUUGGAUCGUUUUAGAGACAUGCCACUGAGAGCGAAAUACCUUGAACAAGCUAUAGAGCCAAAGCGACACCAAGAAAAAGAUGGAGUGUUCUUGAUAGACUCAUUUGACAUCGAAUCUGGAUCGUGCGUGUGGAAGUUGGCGGAUGUAAGGGAAAACAGAGGUGAAGCGGGUAAAGGAAGAGGGCUAAGUAGAAGGCAGAAAGACUGGAGACUAGAACUACCAUUUGGAGCAAUAAAGAUGCUCACAUUGUACUUGAGUUAAAAACACUUGACUAUGUCUUCAUAGCAAUUAAUUCGGCUUGGAAGUCAUUCUUAAUCUUGAGAUAGAUGACCAUCCCGGCAUAUGAACAUAAAAAAUCUGUUUAGGGAUUUUCUUUCCAUCAAAGAUUUGCUUCCGUCA